GAUACAAAUCGGGCAGCGUCCAGGGAGUUAUAAUACAUUCAGGUUAGCGCCGCAGAUUGGGUAGUGACAGUUCUGUUCAUUUUCCGCGGGGCAAUACAGAACCAAAAAGACACGACUCUAACGUAUAAUUUUCAAUAUACGGGAUUUUUGCCUCUAAUUGGAGACUUGCGAUGCAAACUGUGCGAUGGAUCAUAUAGAAGACCGCGAAACAGGCCAGGGGUAUCAAUGCUAACUUAGCUUACAUUAGCUUUUGCUGGAACUGCUAGUGCACAGCAUAACAUAACAGUAGCUUCAUUUAGCAGCUGUGUUGUGUUAGCAAGUGGGUUAACUCGCUUAAUGGUGAUUGCAUGUGUGGCGUAGUAACGUUUAACGUCAUCUACUUUUAAUUUGAGACUGAUGUUCAUUUUGUAUCCGGACUAAAUUGGCACAAAGCUUUGCAGAAAUAAGCGGCUAAAGUGCAGUGGUUGGCUGUGGAUGGGUCCGAGUCACUCACGGGGAGAUAGCUCACGUUUGCCAGGCAUUGUGCGUUGUGUAGCAGGCUAAACGACUAAAGUAAAGUUAAAAUACUUUUUUUAUGUCACUGGCAAUGCUGUUACCCACCUAUUAUAGUCGUUUAUUUCUGUAUAACAUGCAAACCUCAGUUUUUCUCGUUGUUAUGCUGUAAAAACAAAGUUAGGAUUGUACAAACCAAGGGCCUCUCUGCCUGUGGGGUUGCGAUAGCUGUGAAUUUGGCUUAGCACACGUAUGUAUUCAAAGCAUCUGAAGUAGAAAAAAACAGGGUAUUUUAUUGGAACAAUGUAACAGCACGGAGCUAGUUGAGCGUUUUGAUUGUAAAGUGGUGGAGGACACGGUCACAAAAUGAGCAAUUCUGUGAUGCAACAAGAAAAGAUGGAGCUUGAUCUAGAAAUCCCAUCCGCGCUGGUGCAGACGGACGGACACCUGAGGAGAUCCAACAGCGCUCCUAUGAUAAACGGACUAAGUGAUAACUCCCAGGUUUUCCAGAGAGAGGUGCUUCGAAGUAGAAGAAACAGCACCACAGUUGUCAACAGGCCGAACAUGGUCCCGUCGUCCCCCAUCCGAGUACCAAGUACCAGACUUCACCAAAUUAAACAGGAGGAAGGGGUGGAUGUCAUGAACAGAGAAACUGCUCAUGAACGUGAAGUCCAAGCAGCAAUGCAAAUGAGCCAGUCCUGGGAAGAAAGCCUCAGUUUGAGCGACAAUGAUUUGGAGAAGUCUGCCUCAUCUUCUCCCAAAAGGAUCGACUUUGUUCCCGUUUCCCCAGCUCCUUCCCCCACACGAGGCAUUGGAAAAAAGCAGUGUUUUUCUCCUUCACUACAAAUCCUCGUGAGCAGCAACGGUCUGACACCAAGCCCCAUCCCCAGCCCAACAAGAAGAUUCAGUCGAAGAAGUCAAAGCCCAAUCAACUGCAUCAGACCGGGCAUUCUGGGGCCAUUAAAACGCAAAGGUGAAAUGGAAACAGAGAGUCAACCCAAAAGACUGUUCCAGGGCACGACCACAAUGCUCUCUUCCGAUGUAUCUAACCAUUCUGACCUCAGUUCCUGUCACUCUCCGGAUCUGUUGGAUGGCAGUCUGAGCAGUGUGGGCUCCUCCACAGACUCCCCGGGCAAAAUGGAAGGAGUCUCCUCUUCUAGCAACUCCCCCUUCACCUCCCUCCAAGACCUGUCUCCCAAAUGAACCCCCAAAUGAGCCCCACAGACACUAAUCCAUACCCCUCUGCUCCUCCUCCUCCUCCUCUGCACCUCCUCUGUUCCUCUUUAUCUGCUGCCCCUCCUCUGUUCCUCCUCUUCUCCUUCUCUCCUCCUCUGCUCUUCCUAUCAUCCAUUUCUCUGUAUUGGACACUCAAAUUUUAAGUGCACUACCUACCAGUCAAAAGUUUGGACACAUUUUUCAUUUAAUGCUUAUUCUUUAUUUUCAUUACUGUUUUACAUUAUAGCUUCUCACUGAAGGCAUUGAAACUAUGAAUGAACACAUGAAUCUUAAAUGUGCUGUACCUGAUAUUUACUUAAAAAAAUGAAAAACAGAACUAGUUUUAUUUAAACGGUUUGCAGCAUUCACUUGCCUUACCCCACCACGAUGACUUUAUAAACAAUUUUUUACAACUUUUAGAGACCAGAGUGGGGGUUUACCAUCGUGGUAAAGCUAACAAUUAGCAUGCUAAAGCACACUUCCUGAUUAUUGGACAAUAAAAUGCUUGCUAAUGAAAUACAGACAGCACACAGCAGACCUAUUUUGACCUUGAGAGCUGCUUAUACAAUUUAUCUGUAGUGGAGCAAGACAUUUUGCUCAUGGGGAAAAAUUCAGGUACAGGCCCUUUAAAUAUAAAACAUAUUUAGAGUUAUUUAACAUUUCUUUCUUUGCUACACAACUCUAUACAUCUUGUUUUAUAUUUUUGAUUACUUCAGUUUGUAUCUAUCAAAAGGUAAUGAGUAGUAAACCUAAAGAAAAAACUUUGAGAAGGUGUGUCCAAACUUUUGAUUGGUAUUGUAGAUUCGGGGACUUGAAUCUUGCUUUUUGGGAGGGUCUUGAAAUGCCUUUGUGGAUAUAGUUGUUCAAAUUUUGCUUGGACGACACAUUGUGUGCACCUGCUGCUAUUCGGAGAUACUUUGACGGUGCAAGUUUGGAUAUUUCAAACUAAAUGGAAAAAGGAGAUGGAAUACAAGCACUGGACAAUUUGAAAAAGGACUAAUUGUACAUUUUUUCUUUUUUUUUUCUUUUGACAUUUGUAAGAAAAGAUUUAACUUAUUGUUUUGAUGCCAUGUUUGUAAUUAUGUACAUAGAAUAUAUAAAGUUAGUUUUAUGUUUGUGUGGUGAAAGUGGGCAAUAGUCUACUGCUACUAUUACUGCUACUACUACUACUAUGGAUGUCUCCUUAGUGUUUUACUGUGUUGAAGACAAAAUGUUAGAUACAAAAAUGGCUGUAAACUGUGGUUCAACUUCCUAUAUCCCUGAAUAACUUGCUGCAAAUGAGACUGAAAGGUUACAGUGGUUGGUAAUUGGCUUGUUGAUGUUAAGACUAAGCUAGAUGAAGUGAAAAUGACAUUUAUCAGUAAAAAGGCAUUUGCAUACUUUGA